CAAGACGAAGAUAAGCUCCUGCAACCCCGCGGUCAGUGAAUUGGCCGGCAAAUUGUCUCAAGGAUGUCCCAGAAGUUCCCUCCCGUGCAAGGAGGAGGAUCCCUCAUUGUCGCCUGGCAGGCAAAGGCGAAACAUGUUCUGGUAGUUGGCGGUGGAGAGGUGGCCGCAGGUCGCAUCCUCCACGCCCUCAACGCCGAUGCCAAAGUAACCGUGGUCUGUCCUGCAUCCGGUCUCAACGAUGAAGUGGCUUUCAGGGUAGCAGAAGGCCAGGUUAGUCACAUUGAUAGGAACUUCGAAGCAGCCGAUUUGGAAGGAGCAGACAUGGUGCUCUGUGCCAUUGACGAUCCGGACGCUUCGACGCAGGUUUGGAAGCUCUGCAAGGAGAAGCGAAUUCCCGCGAACAUAGCUGAUGUACCCUCGGAAUGUGAUUUUUACUUCGGUAGCGUAUAUCGCGAUGGGCCAUUGCAAGUGAUGGUCAGUACCAAUGGAAACGGACCCAAACUGGCCAGUAUUGUUCGGAAGAAGAUAGCGAACACCUUGCCCGAUAACAUGGGUGCUGCCAUAGACAAUGUGGGUAAGCUGCGGAAGAAGCUGAGGGAAGUCGCCCCCAAUGCCGAACAAGGGCCGAAACGAAUGAAGUGGAUGUCGGGCGUUUGCGAGUCCUGGAGCCUAGAGGACCUCGUCCAGAUGGACGACAGGGAUAUGGACAGUCUUUUGACCCAUUACGCAUCUGGGAAGAUCCCGACCCUGAGCGAAGUCCGGUCCAGCUGACGAGGCUGAGUAGAGAUCUUGUAGCACACCUUGGUCGAUACGUCAAUAGCCAUGCAUUCGGACGUGUCAAAUACCGAAUGGGUAGAAUCCGGCAACGCUCUCAUAAAGAUGUUAUUUUGUACAUACAAAUAUAAGUCCCGUCGAAGGAGUCUCGCGGGAGAUAAGAAGAAACAAACGCAAUGCUGUGCUAGGUCUA